AUGGCCAUGUCUUUGACUGCCAAGUUCCCUUACCAAAGACUUGGACACGGAGUUGGGUUUGACGAUCAUGAUGAAGAAAGAGAGAGAGUGGUUAUGAGACCGAGAGGGUGGUACAGGUUCAAAAGGAUGUCCAUAAGGAGGAGAUUCAGGCUCAGGGUUCCAAACUUGAGAAGGUUCUUGAGGAGGAAAGUCAGACUUUUAUCUGCAGUCAGAGUGUCAUGGUCUUGGGCAAAGGUGGCGAGGAGAUUGAAGGAGAGUCAGGCUCAUUUUGGUGAUCUUUUUGCAGGAAACUACCUGUUCAUUCAAAUCAACCCUUCCUCAUUGAAGUGCCUCAAGAAGGACAACGACCUUAAUGGCUUGUCCUCUAGGUACUCCCUUCCAAGAGGUACGCAAGCACAAAUUGAAAACAUGGAGGACAAGACCCACCAAGCCAAUUUCCUUGUCAUGCUUGAUGCUCUGUCUUAUACAAUUGAUCGAAUUGCUUCCGAGAUAGAACAUAAGGCUUCCAGUGGCACGGAUGCACGCCAAACGACACUCUCAAUGUUUGACUUGUAUAUAUCUUCCUUUGCAUGGGAUGCUAAGCCAGUGCUGGCCGUAGCGGCUUUUGCUUUGAACAAUAAAGAAUCCUGGCUGCUUGCCCAUAUUAACUCAACAAACUACCUUGACAAAUCAAUGGCGCUCCUCAACAAACCCCGAUAAUUGGAUGCACUUAAUGAUCUAAUUAAGGCGAUAGUAGAAGUGAGCCGUUGUGUGGUUUAGCUUAAAGAACUACCAUCCAUGUAUAUCACCCAAGAUGUACGCACAGCUGUCUACUGGACCAUAAGGAGUAUUGUGGCUUGCACAGCUCAAAUUAGUAGCUUCACUAGCUGGGGUCACGAGUAUGUUUUACCAUCCGGCACAGAAUCAUGGGAGCUAUCCACCCUAGCUCACAAGCUCAAAACCAUACGAGACCAUCUCAAGAAGCAGCUGGAAACAUGCUACCAAUACAUAGGGAAGAGGAGAGACAAUGAAGAUUUUCAGACGCUUGUCAAUCUUUUUCAGAUGAUGCACAUUGACAACAUAAAGCCUCCCAAGGAGUUGAUUUACACUAGGGAUGAUCUGCAGCCUCUCGUAGAUGGUUCCUCCAAGAAAAGGGUUGACAUAGAGGUUCUUAGGAGGAAGAAUGUGUUAUUGCUCAUUUCGACCCUUGGCAUCUCCCAAGACGAGCUCUUGAUUCUUGAACAAAUUUACAAUGAGUCCAGGCUCCACCCAACGAAGCAAUACGUUCAGUAUGAGGUUGUGUGGAUCCCGAUUGUGAAUAGUUCUGUCCAGUGGGUUGAUUCCAUGCAAAAACGGUUUGAGGAGCUACAGUCUGGCAUGCCAUGGUACACGAUGUACCACCCUUCCUUGAUAAGGAAGGUGGUGAUGAAGUUCAUCAGGGAAAGGUGGCACUUCAGGAAUAAGCCAAUCCUUGUGGUGCUAGACCAUGGAAGAGCGGUGUCUCCUAAUGCAAUCCACAUGAUGUGCAUUUAGGGAAGUAAUGCCUUCCCUUUCAAUAGGUUGAGAGAAGAAGCUCCCUGGAGGGAUGAGACUUGGAGGCUUGAGCUGUUAGUGGAUGGCAUCGACCAAACAAUGCUGAACUGGGUAAGUUAAAGAAGGAAAAUACAAUUUCUGUAUGGAGGGGAUGGCAUUGAAUGGAUUCGAAAAUUUACAAACGCGGCACGCGCUGUUUCGGUGGCAGCACACAUACCCAUAGAGAUGGUCUACGUUGGAAAAGGUAGCAAAAGGGAAAAAGUCCAGCGAGCCAUAGCGACCAUCACAAUAGAGAAGCUGAGUACCUGCUGGCAAGACCUAACCAUGAUAUGGUUCUUCUGGACCCGCCUUGAAAGCAUGUUGUUCUCCAAGAUUCAAGUAGGCAAGGUUGACGAUCACAUCUCUCCCACGAUGCAAGAGAUCAAGAAGCUGCUUACCUACGACAGAGAAGGCGGCUGGGCUGUGCUCAGCAAAGGGUCUAGCGUGGUGGUAAAUGGGCAUGGGAACACAAUACUGCCCACUUUGUUGGAGUUUGAUUCAUGGAAGCAAAAUGUUUCCUUGCAUGGCUUUGAUUUGGCUUUCAAGAACCACCAUGACAUGCUUCGUGGUAUUUCUCGCUUUGACUUCUCGCAUGUUGCUGGAAAUAUCCCGGGAGGCAUGAGAUGCCCCGAGUGUCAACGCAGCAUGGAGAAAUACACUACUUUCCCCUGCUGCCAUGAUAAGGGCAUUCUAAGCAUAUUGCAGUAG